ACAUGGCCAACGCGCGUGGAGGACGCGCGUACGGCGUCGUCCGCUGUUGCGUCUCCUACCUGCUGCUCACGGCCGUCGUCGUCCUCGCCCAGGACAACGUACGGCCUGGCAGCCGUUACUACAAUCGCGACGGAGUGUACGUGCCGCAAGACGGCUACAAGACCUAUUAUCACAAUAGUAGACGGUACGGCUAUUAUCAGCCUGGCUACCUGGAUCCCAUCUACAGAGGACCUACGAGGGCACCCGAGGAUCGAUAUCGUUACGGAACCACAGAAAGGCUUCCACUGCCAGGAAUAUUAGCUGGUUGGCGCGAAGAUCUUCAAGGAAGAGAAAGACCAGAUUCUAAAAAUUUUAGAGAUAGAGACAUAGUUGUGAACACAAAAUAUGGCCAAGUUCAAGGAUUUAGAGUCCAACUGUAUGACGAUCCGUUUGCAAGGCACAAACCAUGGAAUAUAGCAGUGGAAAGAGUUACUAAAAUUGUUAAUGUGUUCUUGGGUAUUCCUUAUGCUAUGCCACCUACCAGAGAAGGUCGUUUCAAACCACCUAGACCUCACAGGGGGUGGACACUUUUACAAGCUGUUGAUUGGGGACCAGCUUGUCCUCAGCCUAGCGAAUAUACUGGUGCUACGAAAGGUGUGCGGGACGUUGAUGAAGAUUGUUUGUACCUAAACGUAUUUACACCUUAUAUCGGCUCUGGAUUAGCGAAUAAAUAUCCAGUGAUGUUUUACAUACACGGCGGUGAAUUUAGUCAUGGGGCGAGUAAUUUGUUCCCAGCUCAUAUACUAGCUGCCUUCUACGAUGUCGUAGUGGUAUCGAUCAACUAUCGCCUUGGAGCUCUUGGUUUUCUAAGUACUGCAGAUGAGAAUAGUCCUGGUAACUAUGGAAUUCUUGAUCAAGCUAUGGCACUGAAAUGGGUCUAUGACAAUAUACCUUUCUUUAACGGCGAUCCUGAUUCCAUAACGCUCUUUGGGCCAGGUGCUGGAGCAGCAAGUGCGGGAUUAUUAAUGAUUGCCCCGAGAACUCGGCAGAUGGUGUCAAAAGUGAUAGCGCAAUCGGGUUCAGCCUUAGCCGAUUGGGCGGUAAUAAUAGACAAGUACCGAGCACAAAAUACAUCCCGAGUCUAUGCAGAAAUGCUCGGUUGCAGUAUAGAGAGCAGUUGGAAAUUGGUACAAUGCUUGAGGGAUGGACGUAGUUUCCUUGAGUUAGGCAAUUCUGAAUUAAAACCACACGUCGGAAUGUUCCCAUGGGCACCUGUGUUGGAUCUCAAUUUUACGGUACCUCAAGAUGAUUGGUACGAGGAUUGGAGAGCGAUGGACUGGCGCUUUUUUACGGAAACGCCUGAAGAGAGUAUCAAAGCUCGCAGAUACAGGAAAGAUUUGUCUUACAUGGCUGGCGUAACGACUCAGGAAGCGGCAUUUAUUAUAAAAAAUAAUGUUACAUUACAAAGGAAUCAAUACGUAAUAACCCCUGAGGUAUUUGAUCAAAGGAUUUGGGAAUUAGUUCUUCAAUACAAUUACACCCUGAAUCCUCAAGGCAUUUUUGAGGCGAUAAAAUAUAUGUAUACGUAUUGGCCGGAUCCAUUAAAUGUCACGCAUAUACGUGAUCAGUAUAUAAAUCUCUUAUCAGACUUUCACUAUGUCGCACCAUAUGAUAAAAUAGCAAAAUUAUUGGUAGAGAGACACGUACCGACGUAUCUCUAUGUCUUAAAUACCUCGAUAGAAGCAAUCUACUCGCCACACUGGGCUAGGGUACCCCAUGAUACCGAACUUCUAUGGCUAACAGGAGCACCGUUCAUGGACGUUGAAUUCUUCCCGCAAAAAUGGAGAUUAAAUCGAGAUGUAUGGACCGAUAAUGAUCGUAACAUGAGCCACUUUUUCAUGAAAGCGUACUCCAAUUUUGCAAAAUACGGAAAUCCAACGCCUUCACAAAUCUUGGGAUUGCACUUUGAUCUCGCGCGUCAUGGACAGUUGCGAUACCUCAAUAUCAAUACGACAUUCAACAGCUCCAUUGAAAUAAAUUAUCGUCAAACCGAGAGCGCAUUCUGGUCCAUGUAUUUGCCAACUGUUAUCGGUUAUCUUGUCCCUACAUAUCCUCCCGUUACCGAAUAUUGGUGGGAACCUAAAGAGCCACUGCAAAUCGCGUUUUGGUCGAUGUCGACGGCGAGCCUGCUGCUACUUGUGCUUUCUGUGGUGUGUUGUAUGCUUUGGCGUAAUGCCAAAAGACAGUCCGAUCACUACUAUAGCGGAGACAUCCUGAUGGUACGAGACGAUGAGCACUCCGAGGGAAUCGAGAAUUUAACCCGCUCAUCUAAAGAAAAUAUAUACGAGUAUCGCGAUGUACCAGUAAAGGCUAGAAUACCGCGUCAAAAUGAGACAAGGUUACAAGAACGUUUAGCACAUAACAGAAAAUUCAGUUCUACACCCUCAUUACGUAGCAAUUCUAAUGUCUCGUUGAAAGAUAUGAGAUCAGAAGGUUUUGUCACGAGCUCGCCUAAUGGUCAGCCUAAAAUGGCAAAGACAAUGAGUCAAUCCGCACUGCCGAAAGCUAAAAGCAAGACACUUUUAGUACAGGGAGUACCACAAACAGCUGUUUAAUACUUAAGUUACCAUUAUACAAAAAAUUGACAAUCUUUUUAUAUUUAUUUUUUUAUACUUAGGUUUUUAAAUGCAUUAAUUGCUCUUAA